AUGGGUGCGGGUGCAUCGGCCGCCCUGGAUGAAUCCACCAUGCAGCAGUUCAUCAGCGAAGAUCUCGAGCGCGCCGAAGAGGUUCUUGCUACAGCCCAGAGGCUGGUAGCACAGGAGAAGCGAGCGCGAUCCCAUGCUGACGGGCCCGGGGUGGUAAACUCCUUGCACAUACAGGGUUUGGACGGAUCGACGUUUCAGCUUCCAGUUGACGAUGCUACAACUGUUGCAGAUGUCUCCAAGCAAAUCGCGGAGAUGAUCGAGAUGAAACCAAGCAGCACUUUGGUGCUGACUUCUGGUGGCAGCGUCUUGAAUGAGUCCCUACCGGUACUGGAACAAGUCGAGUCUCGUGAAGUCAGUUUCGUCGUCAAGCAGAUCAGUCCCUACCAGGCUGUAAGGAGUUUCCAGCGAGCCGUAAACGAGGCGUCAACGACGAGCUUGAGCGCGGCAGAUUUGAGCGCAAUCGAUGCGGUAUCCUCAUUGGCCACUGACGACAGCUUCAACGCGAGCUUGGAAGAUAUCCCUUUGCCGAGCAGAUUGAAAAAAUUGACGUUGGGCUCUGAUUUCAACAAGAGCUUGAAAGGCGUGAGGCUUCCAAUGGGCUUGGAAACUAUGACCUUCGGUGUUCAUUUUGAUCCUUCGCUGCAUGGGUACACUUGA